GUGGACGCGUCCGUACCGCGCACUCUCCGGCACCGACUCUACCCUUAACUGGGUCAACCCCUCAUACGGGAUCCUCUGUGCAUUAGCCCCACGAGGGAGAGGACGACCUCGGCAGUAGCAGCGCGCCCGCGACCAAAGAACACUCUGCCGUUUCUCCUCUUUUCUUUCCGAGUUCUCCAAGGAAAAUCGCCUACAACUAUACGAGAAAGAAGGGGAGGACUAAGAGAUCGAAUGAGAGCGUGAGAGCGUGAUCGGAAUAAAACAGCAAGAGAACACCGGCAGAAAAGUAUUAAAGAGGUGCGAGGACGUUGGCUCAUCUCUCUUCUCUCUCGAGAGAGAAGAGGGCGAUUCUCGAUAUCCCGCUAAUAGAUAGCGGAGGAUAAAUGCACGGCGAUAAAGGAUAACUCGGCAUGCCCUGGGAUAAUAUCUUCCGCGAAGAGGGUCUUCUUCGAUUUUUCCGGCGAGGCGAUAGAACCGAUAAUGUACGUGGGAUAAUUGAGAGACUCUUAUAAGAGUUCCCCAGUGCGUUUUUCACGUCCUUCAAAAAAGUCUCGAGCGCGAAGAAAGUUGUGAGGAUAUUUAUUUAUUUUCACGAUAGAUAUUCCGCCGAUAUGCGAGUUUCAGUGAUAUGCUACUAGAUAUUAGCAGCAGCGAUCAGUUGAGUGAGAUACCUCCGAAGAAUUCCAUCGCCGAACAUCCUGGGCCAUCAAGAAUCGAGGAAAGUGCUGUAUGUUUGUGAAGCUCGUGGUUCGCGUCGUUCGCUCUCCUUCAGCUUUCAUGUUAAAAGCAAAAUUGCGCGCAUCGACAUCUCGAAAUCACCUCUCGGACACGUCGACAUCGUGGUGCUCGUGUAAAGGAGAAUAAAUCAUUAAAAAAGGAGCAUCGAGGGAAGGUGCGAUCAUCACUCGGCAUGAAGGACAUGCAUUGGCUCGUUUGCACCUGCAUCCUCACGGCGACCACGGUGCUUUCCUGCCGGCAGAGCGAGUUUCAGUGCACCAACGGGCACUGCGUCGCCCUCAACAAAGUCUGCAACGUCGUCGACGACUGUGGGGAUGGAAGCGACGAGACGCGUCCGUGCUCGCCUUGCAAUAAAACGUAUUAUGGCGACGUGGGGAAGACGUAUGAUCUGGAACUGCAUCGACCGAAGGAAGAUAAGGUGCCUUACAUUUGCAAGCUCACCUUUAAUGCGCCAGGUGACGAUUUUGGUGAUAUCGUGCAGCUGACCUUCGACAGUUUUACUCUAGGCAAAUUCGUGUCGUUCACCGCGGAGGGAUGUCCCGAUGGAUCUUUGCAGAUCUCGGAGGCACAACGUCCUGACGUCGGCGGACUUUGGUGCGGCACGUCCUGACCCGCGAUCUAUUAUAGCGAAACACCCAGUGUCUCGAUCAUCCUCAAGCUGCUCAGGCUCAGCAAAGAUCAGACGGGAUUCAACUUCGACUUUAGGAUGGCGUACAAGAUGAUCAGAAAGUCCGACGCGGUGGUGCGUUACGGAAAUCCUUCGUCGGUAGGAAUAACGCAGGUCGCCGGGAUGCCGGCGUCGACCGAGCGCACGUCCGUCGCGUACGCGAACACGUCGAUGGCGAUGCCGGUGCAAAUGGUCGAGCAACACGUGCCACCGAUGCCUACGAAGCCGAGCUCGGAGCAGUUCUUAGGGGACCUAAUAUCCGGGACUUAUUGCUCCCGUAUAUUCACCGACUGCGACCGGAAGAAGUGCAGAUUGCAAUCGCCCAACUUUCCCGGUCUCUAUCCACGCAAUCUCACCUGCUAUUACGCGGUGAGACAACACGAAGUACCGCCGGGCAAACACGCUUUAAUACACGUAAAACAGCCCCGAGGCCAAUUGGUAGCCGUAAGAGCGCGACCAGCUACUCAAGCAGAGCCGCCGCCUCGGGAGCUACGUCUCUGGCAAGAUUGCGACGUCGUUCAGGAUUAUGUAACAGUAUAUGACGGAUACACCACCAGGGAGCCCGUGAUCCUAAAAUUUUGUGGCGGCGGAGAACCCGUACCGGAGGCCAUCAGCAGCGGUCCGGAGAUCCUCGUGGAGUUUACUACCUCCCCUUAUGGCACCUUCUUACAUCCGACGCCGCCCCAUUCCCUACAUGGAUUUCAAUUAGAAGUGCAAGUCACGUUCGUGGACGCCGAAUCGCCGACCUACGCCAAGAACAAACGUUGCGAGUUCUGGUUGAGAGGCACCGGCGGCGGCGUCCUGGCGUCGCCCCGUCAUUCACUGCCGAGAAACAGCACGUGCCUGUACCAUCUUCGAGGCGCCGGUCCCACCCUGCCGAGCCCGACGCCUCCACGUCCGUUGCCCAAGUUCCCGGAGCAGCGACCCGGUACCUGGAGGCGACCGGCCGCGAGACCGCCGCAGCCGCAAUUUCGCGUCUGGUUAUCCAUCCUCAAGUUCCACGUGGGCGCAAGUCUGUCAACCACGGACGAGGAUUGCUCCACGACGUUAAUGGUCUGGGACGGCGAGAUGAUGCCGUUGUCGGAGUGCAACGACGUCGUCUGUGAGAAAGAACGUCAGCGUUACGCCGAGAGGAUGGGUGACCCGAUUCAAACCGUUCUUGCGCGUCCUGCGAGCAAUACCACGUUGUUGGCGAGAUACUGCAAGGAUAAAGUACCGAAAACUUGCGAUCACGCUAUUUUGCAGAACACGAGUCGUCCGUGCUCUUUGGGGGAAAGCUUCGUCUCCUCCGGCAGCAGUCUGACUAUCGAGAUGCGCAUGAUUGAGUCGACGGCGCUUAGGCCCGUCAACUUUCGCGCUCUCUACGAAUUUGUCGAUCUUCACCAGGAUGGCGAUGCAUACGGUAGCGGGCCGUGUUCCCGCGUCUUUUAUAGUCGCAACCGAGACCAUUAUCCGGAUCGUAAAUUCCGUGGACCGCGCGAUAUAUUCCUGUACGGCCGUGGCGGAUCAAAGAAUAUAAGCUGCGUGUACCGCUUCGAAGGAGAACACGACGAGAUGGUGAAGCUGAGGUUCAACAAGCUCCUCAAUGGGAAUCGCACCUGUCGCAGCGUUAACAGCACCGAUUUCAAUAGGCUGCUCUGCGUCGGCUCCGAGAACUUCUCCGUUAAGGUGCUCGAUUUACCUUGGCCAAACGCACCGCCCAUUCAACGCGAUUGCCUUUGCUCGAACCGAUCGCUACCCAUCAAUAUCAAAUCUACUUCUAAUAUCGCCGAGGUGCAUUUCACCGUUCAAUCUAUGGACGCUUUGGAUGAUUACAACAAUCUCUUCUUUGAAGGCGUCUGGGAGUUUGUCAAGACGGUGCAUGCAGAAUGCAGGCCGAAACACAGAGUUAGGGGACCAUCUGGCGAAAUUAAGUAUACAUCACCAAUUGAAGAGGAUGAGAAAAAUUGCGAGAACCAGCCAUGGCUAAUAGAUCCCGGUCCGGGUCAAUAUUUGUACGUGAAAAUGCACGGCAUAAUUAUGUCGAACAGCACGAAGUGCGCAACGAAAAAUCGCAUCAUCGUGCAUACAGGCGGCUCGAUUCACGUAUCGGUCUGUCCUAAACCAUCUCCCGACUCGAGGCACCACGUGGUGGAAGUUUUCAGCGAUGGUUGGGCCGUCAGCAGCAACGCGAUGAUCCUCGCACCAGGACAGGAGCCGAUCAGGACCAUCGCCGUGGAGUUUAUCGUGGAAGAACCAGCUUCCUACACGGUCACGUGGCUCGAGCUCACCAGAAGACCGUCAGUGACGUCAACGGCGGGUCUGCAAAUGUCGCGGGACUGCGAGCAGCGUUGUCCGGAGCUGGACGCCUGCAUAAACGCCUCGCUUUGGUGCGACGGCGUGUCCCACUGUCCUUCCGGUUACGACGAGGCUCUGACGCACUGCUCCGUGCUGCUGCGGCUGCCACCUCUGCAGCUUGCUCUGGGCGCCCUCGUCGUCAUCACCGUCCUCGGGGUCGCCUUCUUCAUCAUCUGGCGGAUGUGUCGGCGGCGCGGCCGCCGCUCGAUAUCCCAGCACCGUCUGAAGAGCAUCUCGUCCGAGACGGCGAUAAUCGACGGCAAAGAAGUGAUAUGCUGACACAGCGACAGUUCUGUGCGUUACGUCGAGGUCGAUCGGGUCACUACCGUGUGACGAUCGCCGUGGUCCACGUCGUCGUCGAUCCGGAUUCCGGCGGUCCUCCAUAGACCAGCGGCCAGACUCUGCUCGGUCCUAUUCUCCUGAAGAAGACGAGCCAGCUGUCAUCGUCGCUGCCGGAGGAUCCGUGGAACUACCUCCGCGUAACGCGCAGAACUGUCGCGUGCAAGAGAUAUGUUGCACGUUAGAUGGAAGAAUCGCACUUAUGAUCGGAAAACGCGUUCGAUGCUCGAUGACUCGGGCGAGUGGGAGAGCGCCUUCUUCUUUUUUUUUCCUCUUUUUUUUUACCGAACAAAUGGCUUUCGUUCUCGAUCGGAUGUUCUGGUCGAAAGAGGUGGGUCUGGUUUCAAAUUCGGGAGAAAUAAUGACGGUCGAGAAAGAGAGAGGGGUUGAGAGAGUCGGACGAUCUGAUUAAUAGCAAGUGUCGAGAAUAUUUAGUGUAGAGCAGUGAAUGAAAUGUUCUUAUAGGAUUAUAAAUCCAAAUGAUAUGUCGGAACCAGAAGUGCGAAAGAAAAACGUGUAACGGCGGAUUAAUCCAGCGUGUUUGCUGUAACUUUUCAUUGAUCAACAACGUUGCAGCAGCAACCGUCUGGCUCUAUUUAAUAAUUUCUAACAAUAUACUGCCAGUUCAUCAAUUUUCUCAUUUUAAAAGACUGAAUCAUUUUAUAUAAACAUAUU